UCUGCUCGGCUGGGGAGUAAGGUGCUGGGCAUUGGAGCAGUGGAUGUCCGUAACGUCGAGAACUUGGAAGCCGCCGUCGCACGGUGCGUGGAAGAGCUUAGGGGAAUCGACUUUCUCAUCGCCGGGGCGGCGGGCAACUUUCUCGCACCCAUCUCACAACUCUCGCCCAACGCUUUCAAAUCGGUCAUGGACAUUAAUAUCCUCGAAUGCUACAAUGUCACUAAGCUAAUUUUGCCACACCUCGUAGCGUCCUGCAAGAAGUACAACUCCUCAUUGUCCCUGCCCAGACCUUCGGGGGGACCUGGAGGCUGGAUCAUCUACGUGUCUGCCACCAUCCACUACACUGGGGCAUCCUUGCAGACGCAUGUGGCCGUGGCCAAAGCCGGGGUCGAUGCGCUCUCGGGAAAC